AUGGACUUGAUGAGCUUUUAUGCAAUUCCCCCACCGGUUAGGCGGCAUCAAGAGGAAGUGAACUACAUUGGUGGAAACUUCGUGUAUCCUGGCCAGAACGUCUAUCAAGGAGCUCAAUACCAGCCUAAGCAACAAGUAUAUCCUAAGGGAGUCUAUCAGGUGGAGCAUCCCUUCACUUUCCCUCAAGCUGUUGCACCGGCUCAACAAGAAGAGAAGUUAGAUGUGGUCUUCAAAAGAUACAUGGAGGAGCAAAGGCAAACCACCCAGAGCCUCUAUGAGAAGCUAGAUCGUGUGUUCACUGAUCUUUGCAACAAGUUUGGAUCUCUCUCCUCUCAUGUCCAGAACUUGGGGGUUCAAAUAGUCCAAACCGCGGAAGCCGUAGAGAAACAAAAUGAGGUAAACCCUACAACAUUUUGUAGCAUUGUCUCACCUAAGGAAGACCAGCUCGUACCUAUACCUACCCAUCUCAAGAAGGAGAAGAAGAAGCUGAGCCUAAGGAGAGCCAAAAACCGGAGAGGUUUCCAUGGGAGUCAAAGAGAGCAUACAAGAGAAGGCUUGUGA